GCGGGGAACCUGGUUGGCAACGACGCAUCGCGACUGACGCAGAAAAUUGUUCGCGCCGUGGAGAGCAAGAAGUAGCAAAAAGUAGCAAAUAGCAGCACAAAUAGCAUGCCAGUCCCCGCGUCGCAGCAAACAUGACUGUUGUCGACGACGGGUUCGAAGCCCUGCUGGAGCCCUUCUACAAUGGCAAGAAGCUGACGGACCCGAUCUCGACGGCCAAAGACAAGUGGCAGCUGCUGCCGGCCUUUCUCAAGGUCAAGGGCCUCGUAAAGCAGCACAUCGACUCGUACAACUUCUUCAUCAACCAUGAGAUCAAGGAGAUCGUUAAUGCGAACCGCAUCGUGCGCAGCGAUGUCGAGAGCGGCUUCUUCCUCGAGUUCACCGACAUCCGCGUCGGCAAGCCUAGUCGCGCCGAGUUCACCGACUUCAAGGCGCACAACGAGGUGUCGCCCAUGGAGUGCCGCCUGCGCGACAUGACAUACGCCGCCCCCAUCAAGGUCGACAUCGCCUACUUCCGCGACAAGAAGAAGGUCAUCCGCCGCAACGUGACGUUGGGCCGCAUGCCCAUCAUGCUCAAGAGCUCGCAGUGCUGGCUGAGCGGCGCCACCAACUCGGAGAUGGAGGACAUGAACGAGUGUCCGCUCGACCCGGGCGGCUACUUCAUCAUCAACGGCACGGAAAAGGUCAUCCUCAUCCAGGAGCAGCUCAGCAAGAACCGUGUAAUUGUGGAGGCUGAUGAGAAGAACAACAUCAUCACUGCCUCAGUCACCAGUUCCACCCACGAGCGCAAGUCCAAGACGUAUGUUACGCUCAAGAAGGAGCGCAUCUCCCUGAAUCACAACACCCUCGUUGAGCCCAUCCCCAUCGUCAUCGUGCUCAAGGCCCUUGGCGGUCUUCCCGACUACGAGAUCAUGCAGCUCGUAGCGGGCGAGGACGCCCGGUACCAGGACGACUUCGCCGUCAACUUCGACGAGGCCACGCGCGCUGGCGUCUUUACCCAGCAUCAGGCUCUGGAGUAUGUCGGAGUUCGCGUCAAGGCGGGCUCAAUCCGUACCAAGAUGCCUGGCAGCGGCGGCAUGGCCCGUCGAAACAACACAGAGGAGGGUCUCGAGGCUUUAGCCAACAUGAUCAUCGGCCACGUGCCCAUCGUGGGCCUUGACUUCUACCCCAAGGCCAUCUACGUCGCCAUGAUGGUGCGUCGCGUUCUCAUGGCCGCCCAAGACUUUAAGCUUGUCGAUGACCGCGAUUUCGUCGGCAACAAGCGUCUCGAGUUGGCCGGCCAGAUGUUGUCGCUCCUCUUUGAGGAUCUUUUCAAGAAGUUCAUCACCGAUCUCCGCUUCAACAUAGACAAGGUGCUGCGCAAGUCUAACCGUGGCGUGCCCUUUGACCCCUUGAACUCCAUCACGGCCACCUCGGGCCACAUCACUGCCGGAAUGAACCGGUCCAUCUCGUCGGGCAAUUGGUCCGUCAAGCGUUUCAACAUGAACCGUGCCGGUGUGACGCACGUUCUGAGCCGGCUGAGCUACAUCAGUGCCCUUGGCAUGAUGACGCGUAUCAGCAGUCAGUUCGAGAAGACACGCAAGGUCAGUGGACCUCGCGCGCUGCAACCGUCGCAAUGGGGUAUGCUGUGUACGUCGGACACGCCCGAAGGAGAGGCGUGCGGUCUGGUGAAGAACUUGGCCAUGAUGACGCACAUCACUACCCAGUUCCCCGAAGAGCCCGUCAAGCAGUGGAUUCUUAGCCUGGACUCGGGCGCCGAGUCGCUCAUAAACUUCUCUGGCUCCGAGAUGCACCGACCAGGCAGCUACAUGGUCAAUGUCAACGGCACACCAUUCGCUCUAACGGCCAACCCGGAGGAGUUUGCGCGCAAGUUCCGGACAAUGCGCCGGAGAGGUUUCCUGUCGCCCUUUGUUAGCAUAAACAUCAACUACCACUUCUCCACCGUCAAUAUUGCAACCGACGAGGGCCGCAUCUGCCGCCCAUACAUAAUCGUGCAGAACGGCGUGCCCAACGUCCGGGAUGAACACCUCGAGAUGCUGCGGCAGGGCAGGGCCCAGUUUGAUGACUUCCUGAACAAGGGCAUUGUCGAGUACUUGGACGUCAACGAGGAGAACGACACACUCGUCGCGCUCUACGAGAAGGAUGUGACGCCGGCACACACUCAUCUGGAGAUCGAGCCCUUCACAAUCCUGGGUGCCGUUGCCGGCCUCAUUCCUUUCCCACACCACAACCAGUCUCCCAGAAACACGUACCAGUGCGCUAUGGGUAAACAAGCUAUCGGCGCCAUCGCCUACAACCAGUUUAACCGAAUAGACACCCUGUUGUACACGCUCGUGUAUCCGCAGCGGCCCAUGGUGAUUAGCAAGACCAUCGAGCUCAUCCAUUACGACAAGCUACCAGCUGGCCAGAACGCAACCGUCGUCGUCAUGUCUUAUUCAGGCUAUGAUAUCGAGGAUGCGCUGGUGCUGAACAAGGCGUCCGUCGACCGCGGCUUCGGGCGCUGCCAGGUCUUCCGAAAGCACACGGCGGAGCUGCAGACAUACGCCAACAACCGGAGCGAGGAGAUUGGGCGCCCAGAGAUUGACGAGGCCACUGGCCGGCACACGGACAAGAACGUGGCCAUCGACGGCGACGGGCUCGCUACAGUUGGCUACCGCAUCCAUGCGGGCGAGGUCAUGAUCAAGAAGCUUACCCCGAUCGAUCAAGGGUCAACGGGGAUCGGCAACGACGUGGGCUCCAACGACUACCGCGACACCUCCAUAUCAUACCGUACCCCGGAUCCUAGCUACAUUGACAAGGUCAUGGUGUCGCAGACGGAGAAGGAGCACAUCCUGGUCAAGGUCCAGACGCGCCAGACGCGCCGUCCCGAGCUGGGCGACAAGUUUUCGUCGCGCCACGGCCAAAAGGGCGUGGUCGGCAUCAUCGUCGACCAGGAGGACAUGCCGUUCCAGGACUCGGGCUUGGUGCCCGACAUUAUCAUGAACCCACACGGUUUCCCCUCGCGAAUGACGGUCGGCAAGCUGUUCGAGUGUCUGACGGGCAAGGCCAGCGUCGUCGAGGGUGAGAAGCGGUACGGCUACGGCGACGCCUUCCGCACCCACCCCGUCGAGGAGAUGGGCGAGGCCUUGGUCCGGCACGGCUUCAGCUGGGAGGGCAAGGACUACUUCACGUCAGGCAUCACGGGCGAGCCGCUCGAGGCCUACAUCUUCAACGGCCCCAUCUACUACCAGCGCCUCAAGCACAUGGUCCAGGACAAGAUGCACUCGCGCGCCAAGGGCCCCCGCGCCAUCCUGACGCGCCAGCCCACCGAGGGUCGAUCCAGGGACGGAGGUCUGCGCCUGGGCGAGAUGGAGCGCGACUGCCUGAUCGCCUACGGCGCUUCGCAGCUCCUGCUCGAGCGCCUCAUGCUGUCGUCGGACGCUACCAGCAUCGACAUUUGCCAGCGUUGCGGCCUCUUUGGCUACAAGGGCUACUGCCAGACCUGCAAGAGUACCCGUGAGGUUACGGCCAUGACCAUGCCCUACGCUGCCAAGCUGCUAGUGCAGGAGCUGAUUAGCAUGAACGUCGGUGUGCGCCUGCAGCUCGAGGACGAGUUCCCGCAUCCCGACUGAUUUCUUGUCUUUUCUUUAUUCCCCAUAUGUCCAUGUACAUAUAUCCCCGCCCAUAUUCGGAGUUUUGGAGGGCCAGGCGUCUAUGACAGCGUCCUUGAGGGGAAUUUUUACGUGCAUGGCAUAGCGCGGACGGUAUCAAAGAGGCUGUUGUUGUUGUUUUUCCUUGAUAAUUUAGACAGGGAAAUGUAUAUAGGCAAAUAAGAGCGCGGUGACGUCGAUACGCUUACUACAUACAUGGGUCUUGUUACCUUUUCAGCUCUGUGAACGC